GGCAGCUCCGGGGUGCAGGUGCCAGGCCGGUGGCUCUGGCCAGCCAGCCCCAGCAUGAGCUCCUUCGACCUGCCGGCCCCCUCCCCACCUCGCUGCAGCCCCCAGUUCCCCAGCAUCGGCCAGGAGCCCCCCGAGAUGAACCUCUACUAUGAGAACUUCUUCCACCCACAGGGCGUGCCCAGCCCUCAGCGGCCCUCCUUCGAGGGAGGCGGCGAGUAUGGGACCACCCCCAACCCCUACCUCUGGUUCAACGGGCCCACCAUGACCCCGCCACCCUACCUGCCCGGCCCCAACGCCAGCCCCUUCCUGCCCCAGGCCUAUGGCGUGCAGAGGCCGCUGUUGCCGAGCGUGUCGGGGCUUGGGGGGAGUGACCUGGGCUGGCUGCCCAUCCCCUCGCAGGAGGAGCUGAUGAAGCUCGUGCGGCCCCCCUACUCCUACUCGGCUCUCAUCGCCAUGGCCAUCCACGGGGCACCCGACAAACGCCUCACUCUCAGCCAGAUCUACCAGUACGUGGCGGACAACUUCCCCUUCUACAACAAGAGCAAGGCCGGCUGGCAGAACUCCAUCCGCCACAACCUGUCGCUCAACGAUUGCUUCAAGAAGGUGCCCCGCGACGAGGACGACCCAGCCUAUGUGAGCGGGGGGAGCCCCACGAGCCGCCCCUUGGUCACACCAGGACUGAGCCCUGAGCCCAGUGACAAGACGGGGCAGAACUCACUGAGCUUCAACUCCUUCUCCCCGCUCACCAACCUCAGCAACCACAGCAGUGGGGGUGACUGGGCGAACCCCAUGCCCACCAACACGCUCAGCUACGGAGGAUCUGUGCUCAGCCAGUUUAGCCCUCACUUCUACAACAGUGUCAACACCAAUGGUGUCCUCUACCCCAGGGAGGGCACCGAGGUCUAGGUACAGAACAGCUCCUCAGCCAGAUGGACAUGCCAGAGAGAACAGCAGUGGAGGCCCUCCAUGCCAGCCUCCAUGCCAGCCUCCAUGCCAGCCCCGUGGUGGUCCAUGACUGUGGAACGGCCCAAACAUAAGCAGGAGCCUCUGAGGAAUCCACCCUGUUUCUAGAACACUGGUUAAGGCUUCUGUUUAUCACACAUAGGCCCACACACACACUCACCAACUUUGCAAUGGAAAUACCGGCGCCUGCAGAGCAGCAAUAACAGUGGCAGGUGCUGUACUAGGCUCUGUACUGGCCACACUUACUAUUGACAGUCACCCCAUAAGGUUCACAAACCUCCCCAUUGAACAGAUGAGGAACUGAGGCUCAAGGAGGUUAAGUAACAUUUCCAGGGUUGUAUAAACUAGUAAGUGGCGGAGCUAAGAGUCAAAUCCAGGUCUAUGCGAUCCUUGGAGAUUGGAGGCCGGGAUGGAGAAUUGGUUGAGUAGCCGAGGAAGGUCAGUGUGAAAAGCUUGCUCUGGCAAAUACAGCGAAAUCUCUCCACUGCUUUCUGUCCACCAGCACUUAGUGCCAGCCCAGGCAUAUCUUGUCCUGGUCCAAGACCUUAUUCUGCUGGCCCCAACUUACCUGCAGACACUCCUCUUGCUACCACUCAAGGAAGGAAGUCACCAGUGGCCUUAGUGCAGGAAACUCAGCCCUGGUGGCCCUGCAGAACAAUGCAUCUAACAUGUGCAAUGCAUCCCCAUGGAGAGAUAUCAUUACUCCCCAGCCCUCCAGAAACCUCGAGCAGAUCCAGGGCUCAGUGAGAGGAGUGGUGUGUACCCCUAAAUCCUCCCACCCCAGCACUGCCCAUCUGUAAAAUCUUGUAAAGCCCAGUUUCCUGUGUGCAUGUCAUGGACCAGUGAGCUGGAGAUGGCUGAGUCUUCCAAGAGAAACAAGGCUGGAUAAGCGCUUCCUUUUUUUAGCCCAGGAGAGGUGGAUGUUUGUCUGAGAAAACAGUGGCCUCAAGGGAGGAGCGUUGGGCCCACCCUCACAGGGUGUCUCUGCGUGACCUCCUGGGAUUUCUCCUUGUUUUUGUGAGUAC